GUCUUGUGACUGACCUUGGUCGAGUGUUGAUAUUCCUGCGGUCCGGCCACUCGCCUGAGCAUCCAUCCCGGUCCCAACUUCCCCGCCGUCGAUAGAUCAAACGCGGUCACGAGCCCUGCUUGUUCUGCUUCUCAACACCUCCUCAUGUUCACAAGACCUUCUGUUGCAACAAAAAUGGCGUUCCUUAAUUCAGGCUAUUCUGUUGAUAUAAAGCUUGAGCGUUCGUCGAACAGCGUACGAUGUACGCAAAAUGCGCUUUCUACCUAUUACCAAGGGUAGUUGGUCGUCGAGCUUGCUGCUCGCGCUUCUUUGGACCAGUUCUGCUACUCGCGCCACCGCGUUCUCCUUCGCCUCAGAUCACUCCUUUUCGUCUAUUCAAGCGUUGGAUGAUACGACGUCCGAGUUGAAUUUUUCAACCAACAAUCGUACUGAUGAGGUCGGUUGGGACAAGUAUAGCCUUUUCGUGAAGGGCCAGCGUAUUCUUCUCUACUCUGGAGAGUUCCAUACAUUCCGUCUUCCCGUUCCCUCACUGUGGCCUGACAUCCUUCAGAAGAUCAAGGCGGCCGGCCUCAACGCGAUCAGUGUCUACCUCCACUGGGGCUUGACAAAUCCAACACCCGGCGUAGUCGACUUUGACUCGUUCCGUGACCUCCAGCCUCUCUACGACGCUGCACGCGAAGCAGGCAUAUGGAUCGUCCUCCGACCAGGUCCGUAUAUCAAUGCUGAGACUACAGCAGGCGGAAUUGCCCACUGGGUGACCACCGAGGUUGCGGGCACUCUCCGAACCAAUGCAACCGAUUAUCAGGCGGCCUGGACACCUUAUAUUCAAGCUGUCAUAGACAAAACCAUUGCUAACCAGGUUACAGAAGGCGGGCCGGUCAUUGCCAUUCAGAUCGACAACGAGUAUUCCCAGACUGGUUACGGUCUAGCGGAAUACUUUCAACAACUCGAAGACGUGUAUCUUAAUUCAUCCAUAGUUGUUCCUUGGACUUAUAAUGACCCCGGAGAGAAAGACAGCUUUAUAAACGGAACUGGUGCCGUCGAUAUCUACGGCGUUGACGGGUAUCCCCAGAAUGCGUGCGCUACCCCCUUAACCUGGCGUGCAUACACCACGGACUAUUAUGAUCAUCAUGCAAAGGUCAACCCAAACGAACCGAUGUAUUUCCCAGAGUGGGAAGGCGGUUACAAUGGUGCCUGGGGACCAAAUGCCCCCGGAUAUGAUGGUUGUCGAUUAAUGACAGGGCCGGAUUACGAGUCGGUAUACUAUCGUUCACUGUGGGCAGCAAACGGGAAGAUGAUAAAUUUCUACAUGGUUUAUGGCGGUACCUCCUGGGGAGGGCUUCCAUUCCCUGGCGUGUACACUUCCUAUGAUUAUGGGGCCGCUAUAGCAGAAAACCGCGACAUCAACACGAAGUACGAUGAGCUUAAACUGCAGGCUAUUUUCCUGAGGAGCUCUCCUGAGUUCUACAAGACGGACUGGAUCGGGAAUAGCAGUACCAGUGCGGUAACAGUGUCGAAUCCAGAUGCCUUCGCUGUCAAGUUGAUGAAUCCCGACACAAGCUCGAGCUAUUGGAUAGUGAGACAAAACGAUUCAGCGUCUACGGCCAUAACUUCGUUUACUAUGGACAUUCUGACGUCGGUUGGGAAUCUGACCAUACCCCAAGCUGUCUCGAACAUCACUCUAGGAGGUCGUCAGUCCAAAAUGAUCCUGGGAGACUACAGCUUCGGUGCCAAUUCCCGUGUACUGUAUUCUACGGCGCAAGUCAUGUUCGCAGGUCAGAUCGGGUCUCGCGACGUUAUUCUACUCUACGGCGACUCCAACCAAGAGCACGAAGCCUCCAUAUAUCUGCAAGGCACUCCAACAAUCCAGACAAACUCCUCGUCCAUCGCAUUUUCCUCGCUGGCUCAAGACGUAAACGCCACGAACAUCGCCUUAUCCGAAGGGAUCGAAGGCCUUGUCACGCUUUGGGAUUCCGACCUUCAGCUCGUUCUAUACGCCGACUACGUGACGGCGUCUACAUUCUGGGCCCCCGUCAUCGCCAGCGGCUCAACCGAGGAAGACCCAUUUGCGAGAUACUGGCAGUUCGGUACGAACACGACUGUUCUCGUCGGUGGACCGCACCUCGUCCGCAACGCCUCUAUAUCAGACUCGGGCUCUCUAGACAUUCGUGGCGACCUGAACUCGAGUGUCACACUCACCGUUAUCGCUCCGCCAACCGUCUCCUCGGUAACAUGGAAUAGCGAACCAGUCGGCAUCGAUGAUAGAGCCUCGGCUGCAGUGACCUCCAUUGGUGGGUUCAUCGGGAACCUGGAGAUGGAUAGUGGUAGAACGAAAGAGAUAGUCGCGCCGGUGUUGGAGAACUGGAGGUUUGCGGAUAGUCUGCCCGAGGUCCUCGACGGGUACGAUGAUGGCAGUUGGACUGUGGCGAACCGUACGACAUCGAAUAUCCCAUAUCCAAUGAAUUAUGGCGAUGGCAGGAUAUUGUAUCAGUGCGACUACCAGUUCUGCGAGAACAUUGCUAUCUGGCGUGGUCAUUUCAACUCGACUGGCAUGGAAGCAUCCAUGAACCUGUCACUCAACGGUGGUGAAGCUUUCGCUGCAAGUGUAUGGGUGAACGACUGGUUCCUGAAGACAUCCUACGGAAACUCCUCGGACAACAAAUUAAUCAUCGACGAGACAGACGAAGUUUACACAUUUUCCAAUGGCUCCCUGCGCGCUGGUGAAGACAACGUCGUUACUGUCGUCAUUGAUAAUAUGGGAAUCAGCGAGUCCAACAAUACGAACUACAUGUUUAAAUCGCCUCGGGGCAUCCGUGGCUUCCACCUCAGUGAAGGCGAAUUCUCGACAUGGAAGGUACAGGGUAAGGUCGGAGGAUACAAUAACUUCCCAGAUAAACAUCGCGGCGUCCUCAACGAAGGUGGCCUCUUUGGCGAACGCCAAGGGUGGCACCUUCCUGACUUCGACACCAGCACCUCUUCCUGGUCCUCCCGCGAUCUCUCCUCUGGCUUACCAGAUAGCCAAGCUGGUGUUGGUUUCUUCGUCACUACCUUCGAUCUGAGCUUGCCAGAUGGGUAUGACGUCAUGCUAUCCUUCAAUUUCGAGGAUGAGGGAGAGCCUCCGUAUCGUGCUCUGUUGUUCGUCAACGGCUGGCAGAUGGGGAAGAGAGUCGGGAAUCUUGGACCUCAAACCAAGUUCCCAGUGCACGAGGGCAUCCUGGAUUACAAUGGCACGAAUACCGUCGCUGUUGCACUUUGGGCCAUGGAGGCGGUAGCCAUCUCUCCUAACCUGAGCGUGACUGUUGAUACGGUCUUACAAGGUGGCGUCGGUGGCGUCGUGGCGAAUAAUCCAGGAUGGUCUCCGGAAGGGAGAGUAUGA